UGAAUAUGUAAUUAGAUACCGACGUAGUGCGUUUUUACGCGAGACGGAAUAAAACAUAUACUACUAUUAAAAACUGAAAAAUGGCGACAGCGAUGUAUCUAGAGCACUACCUGGACAGUGAUUAACGGCAUUGAAAAUCUGCCUUGCGAACUCCAGAGGAACUUCCAGCUGAUGCGUGAUUUAGACCACAGAACUGAAGAAAAGAAAGUAGAAAUCGACAAGCUAGCUGCAGAGUACAUAGCCAAUGUGAGGAACCUGCCCUCAGAACAGAGAGUGGAACACCUGGAGAAAAUCCAGACUGCCUACAGCAAGUGUAAGGAGUACAGCGAUGACAAAGUACAGCUGGCCAUGCAGACCUAUGAAAUGGUGGAUAAGCACAUCCGCAGGCUGGAUGCAGACCUGGCCCGCUUUGAAGCAGACCUGAAGGAGAAGCUGGAAGUGAGCGGCUACGAGAGCCCAGAAGGGAGAGGCAUAAAGAAAGUCCGAGGCCUUAAGGAGAAGAGGGGAUCAAGAGGUCGAGGCAGGAAAGGGUCUGAUGAUGAAUCUCCGAAGAAGAAGAUAAAGCCCAGCCCUGACUACGGUGAAGCCCUUCUCGCAGUGCAUCCGUCCGACGUGCUAGAUAUGCCAGUCGACCCCAAUGAGCCAACCUACUGCCUGUGCCACCAGGUGUCAUACGGAGAGAUGAUUGGCUGCGACAACCCUGAUUGUCCAAUUGAGUGGUUUCAUUUUGCAUGUGUUGACCUCACCACAAAACCAAAAGGAAAAUGGUAUUGUCCUCGCUGCAUCCAGGACAGAAAGAAAAAAUGAGCCACAGAUUAGUUUUCCAGAAUCAACACUUUUAAUAUAUUUUUGUUUAUACAGUAAAAUAGGAUAAUAUUUAAUCUGCUUUAUUAUUUCCUCUUUACCUGACAGAAUAUAGACAGGUUUUAUAAACAGCUCUAAAUCAGACUUGAAA